GUCAAUAUUCUGUCAAAACUAUCGAAAGGUGACGUUUUCAUCUUUAUAAAAUCAAACACAUUGGAAUCAGAAAUCUAAUUAUAGUGUGAAUUACAAUAUUUUGUGGAUAUGGCGGCAAAAAAGUUAAAUUUACUUUUGACAUCUGGAUUAAUGAAAUUUCCUAAAAAAAUCAUCAAAAUCGACAACAGUAUACAUAGUUUGCUUGGUUACCGCGGUUAUUCCAAUUGGGAAGUGGGCAUCGGCACUCGGCAGGAGCAAGACUGGCGAGACGUGGUUAGCGAGGCUGAGCAGAUCGUCGGAUACCCCACCUCCUUUCUGAACCUUCGCUGGCUAUUCAACGACGAGAUUGCCAACACUGCAAUACAACUCAGAAAGCUGGUCGGAACAAACCACCCGCUUUUAAAGUCAGCAAAGAAUCUACUCAUUGGUUCAAAGAGCAACCUCCAGUCUGUCGGGCUCAUCGUUUUACUGGUCUCUAAAGCAGCCGGUUUCAACGCGAGCGAUUUUAUGAGGGACCAAUAUGAUUCCGGAGUGCUCCACUCGCAAAGAGCGCUUGCUGAGAUAGUAGAGAUGAAGAGAACUGGCCACCUGAUCCAUAAAACGAUGGUCAACCUCCAGGAGAAGCAGAAGCAUGGAGACAAGUACAAAGACUUGCUCUAUGGCAACAAAAUAGUUUUGCUUACAGGUGAUUAUCUCCUGGCUACUUGUCUUCAAAAUUUGGGCGGGCUCCGGAACAACGCCGUCACCGAGCUCAUCUCCUCCGGACUCCGAGAUCUGGUCGAGGGGGACUUCUUUGGUGAACACGACGCGGCCAAUAACCCAUUGCCGACGAAACCUAAAGGUACACAUUGCUCCAGACAUUACGAAUGGGAGACGGAGGACAAUUUAAAUAAGCUUGGCUCGAAUGAGUUCCUUGGGCAAGGCAAAGACGAAUGGAAACUUCGCACUAUGCUCACCACAGGCAGCAUUCUCGGUAAGGGCUGCCAGGGAGUCAUGAAGCUGGCACAAAGAGGAGAACAGAUGGAAAGAGAUGCGUAUAUGCUAGGAGGACACUUGGCUCUUCUUUGGCAGCUACAUCUUGACGUCAAAGACUUUUUUACUCAUCCUUAUUCGUACUCACUGGUGGGGGCACCGGUAAUGUUGGCAAUGUGGGAGUACCCCCAGCUUUACGGGCACAUAUUCGAGCAUAGAGUAGAAGGUGUUCCAGUUGAGUACAAACAGUUGUAUUACGCUGUUAGAAGCACAAGGGCUGUGGAUUACCUGACUCUGUUUUUGAAUGAGGAGUUUGACGCGGUCAUGAGGUACAGUGACAAAUUCCCGGUGGAAGACGCGAGAUGUUCCCUCCAGAAAAUGGCGACUACCAUACACACCGAGGCUUUGGAGUAUAUGGAGAAAUAAAGCGAGUAUCCUUUGGUUUUGAGUGACCUGGUCAUCUAGAAGAGUUGAGUUAGAUGGCUCAAAUGCUUUGGACAAUAGCAGAAUGACAAGGCCCCAAGGUUGAAGAUUGUUCUGUUCAUUGAAGAGGACAGUUUUAGCUGUUUUUAUUAUCGGAUGGUUGCUAUCCACCUGAAAUAAAAUUUGUCGAUGAGCCACUUUAAAGAUUCAAUGAAAUAAUUAAAAGAAGAACAUUUUAUACUUCAAAAAUAACUUAUGCUAAAUGUAGUGUUCAGUUUUGUUGUUGUUUAUUUGUGAUAGUAAGAUAGAGAAAUUAUUCUUGACUCCUAGCAUAAUAAAUAAGUAUAACAUAAGUUGGAGAAAUAUUUAUAUAAAGCUUAAGGACAUUGUACACCUUGUUGUAUAGUUUACUUUUAUUGGGUUUAAGCAUUUUUUUGGCUAAACUGUACUACCAGGGCCCAAGCGGUGUACUUCACACUAGGUUAGAUUAGGUUAGUGUUGUGACCAUGACGUGCGAGUCGAGUGUGCCGUGGCAGCAGCCGGCGAAGUGCCAAAAAAUAACUCUACUAAAAGAGACCUUUUCUACAAAAAAUAUUCAAGUAUUAUCUCUUGGGCCCUGGAAGCACAGUAUAUCCGAUUCAAUAGUAAGUGUUCAAUUAAUAUCAAUGAAAUCUCAGUUUUUUAUGAUAGUUUCAAUGCCAUAGAAACUUGUUGUGACGUAAAUCAUUAUUUACGCGUGCAGGAAAUAACCUUGAUGCACACUGGUAAGUCGUAUGGCUAGACUAUUUGUUACAUAAUUUAUGUAAUAUUAGUAAGAAAAAAAAUAGCAAGUCACUCCUUAACACCAAUUCUACUUUCUUAUUCGUUACCGUGUUAGGUUUUAAUAAAUUUUCAUUCACCAAAAUAUGUAAAAAAAAUAAAUUAAUUUAUGAGAAUAUACGAUCUUACCACUUUCCGUAAAUGCAUUGCUAGAUUGGCGAACUCAUCACUCAACAGCCACCGUAGGUUCAUGAAAGAGGUUGGAUACCCAACUAUUUUCUCAGCUUCUUUGAUAAUUUUUGUCCAAUGAGCCAGAGGGGGACGAAACAGAAAGUCUUCCCGAGUUAAGUUCGUCAUGGUCGACUCAACUCGUAGUUGUUGAGUAAUAAGCGCUGUACGGCGCAAGUGGCGCAUUAAGGCAUAUGGCAUGAUUAAUUUAGGAAUGUAAUUAUUCACAACACUUUCACAUUAAAUUAAUCUUUUGGUUAAACAAAAUAAUCACAAUUUACAGCGCGCUGAUACAAUCACCUCAGUAGCCAGUGCGUGCGGUUAUGUCAU